UCAAGCCAUCGCAGCAGCACAGCGGUAUGGGGCUCUCGACUCCCUCGCUCUCUUAAAUGACACCGGCAGCUCCUCCGAGUGAACGUCGAGCCACUGCAGGCACACGACACAACACAAGAGGCAAUAGGUAUGGAUGGAAGAGUGUGUGAGCGGAUGGUCUGUGUGUGUGCGCGUACAUCGAGAAGGCCACAGAACUGUGUGUAUUUCUGGGUCGUCUCCUCUCGCGAUAUAAAAUGUAAACAACGAUAUCACUGCAGACAAUCAGACAGACGGAGACACGAGGCCGGGAUCACUUCUUUCUGUGUGCUUACGUACUGCACACUCCAUGCCACUGGUGCUGCUCGCGGUGGCGCUGGCGGGGUGGUGAUGGUGCCGCCCAGCUGUGGGCCCUUCUCGCCCGUGUCCUCGCCGCACACGUGCUCCCCCUUGCCCUGCUGGUCGUCUGUGGCGUCAGCGGACGGCUGCACGACAACAGACUCACCUACAAACAACCAGAACAGAAGAACCACACACGUGUCAGAUGCAGGCAGGUAAGCAAAUGUCAUUCGUGCCUGGUCUUGCCGGCUCACCGUCGGCGGGGGGCUGAGGGCCGAUGAGCUCCCGAAUGCUCCGGAAAGCCCUGUCCUCUCCCCAGCCUCGUCGACAACAGAACUAGCCAUAGCCCCCACACCACUGCUACUGCGGCCGCCCUGCUCUCCUACGUCGCCCAUGCGGCCCGCGUCCUCCUUGGCCUGCCUUGACUCGUCCUUCUCGGCCACGUCUGUCUUGCCUGGGUCUCCCCCGCGCUGCUCUGAGUCUUCCGACUCGGCGGGUGACGGUGCGAUGCUGCUCUGGGUCGGCGAUGGCGGCGGGAAGUCUCAUCGGGGCUGCUGGACUGGUGCCGUGGUCGUCUUGCCCCUGGUGGCAAAGUUGGCGGCGGCCGGCUCGCUGAUGAGAUCCUCCACUGCGAUGGUAUCGGCCGGCUCGCCAAAUAAGUCCUCCACCGCGAUGGUAUCCUCCUGACCCUCUUCCCCCUCGACAAUCCUGUCGCACUCCUUCCGGGCACCGGCGCCCAUAGCACAGGCAGCUUUCAUCAU